GAAAGUUCCAAGCAGCUGUCAGCUAAAGGUAUCUUCUUGAUUAAUCGCGAAACUACUGCCACGUGGCUUCACAUCGGCCGUCAAUUAAUCUCAUUUCUCGAAGUUUACCUCGAAUCCCGUAGCCAUCGUCUUCACGUAUUAAGGUUUUAUUUGCCCCAUAAAAGCCUACAUUCAGUCUACAUACGUUUAGCUGCAACAAGAAAAGAGAGAUUCUUCGCAAAUAUUCGGUGAAAGGAGUUGAAGAUUGAAGGCAAAAUUUCUCAAGAGAAGGUGUUAUGGCGUCGUCUCAGGUCGAGGUAGAUGAUAGUUAUGCCCAAUUAAAACAUCUAGGGUUCGUGAGGGUUCUGGCGAUCAACGCCGCCGUAAUCGUGUCGAAUCUGUACGACUCCGCCAAGCAGAACUCCGGUUCGUACAAACCCACCUUCGAGAAGGCUGAGAACGCCGUCACGGCCGUCGUGAGCCCAAUCUACGGCAGAUUCAAAGGCUUUCCGGGUGAUGUUCUUGUUUUCCUCGACCAAAAGAUUGACAAAGCAACUCACAAAUUCGACGAGUCUGCUCCACUUGCCACCAAGAAUCUUGUCUCCAAAACCCAAUCAGCCAUCAAGAAAGCAACCGUACUAGUUCACGAGCUGGCGGAGGAAGCCAAAGUCUCGGGCCCACUCGCCGCCAUUUCCCAUGCCGGAAAAAUCUCGAAGCAGGCGGCAGUCAACCAGCUGGUGGCAGUAUGGUAUAAGGCCAACAAGCACCCUACUUUACACGGUGUGUUUGAGAUAGUUAUUCCCACGGCCACUCACUGGUCGGAAAAGUACAAUCAGGUGGUCAAGGACCUGAGUGCAAAAGGGUACACUCUUUUGGGUUAUUUUCCUUUGGUCCCUGUUGAAGAAAUUUCCAGGGCGUGUAAAAAGGUGGAAGAAGCUGAAGGAAAGGAAGCUGAGACAAGUGGCAGCAGUAGCGAAAGUGAGUCGGACAAAGAAUAGAGGUCUGGAUUUCGAUUUCGGUUUGGAUUUGGAUUUGGUGUUUAAUCGUUUUAUGUUAUUAGUUAGCGUGCUUUAUGAAGAUGUUUGGAAGCUGAAGGGUUUUGUGUAAAUUGAUUUGGAACGAGUGAAUUUGUGUGGGAAGUGGAUGAAGUAUUUGCUUGCUGUACUUGUUAAGAAGAACUCCUAAGUUUGCAACGGAAGAUGGACUUGGACUGUAGUUCAUAUUAUCAUCUUAGAGGUGAAUCUCACCAGUGGUUGUGGGGUUUAUUUAUAUGAAUUUGCAUUCUGUUGCUUUGGAAAUGUGCAAAUGUAGUUGAGUGAGUUAUACUAGGGCUGUAAACAAGCCAAGCCGAGCUCGAGCUCGAGCUCAAGCUCGGAACUAGUCGAGCUUGGCUCGGAUCGUAAAUAAACGAGCUUGAAAUAGAGUUUGAGCUCAUUCAUUACUAAUAACAAGUUGAAUUUAAGUUUUAAUGAGCCGACUCGACUUUAAC